AUGGCUGAUAGGAAGGCAACUGCUGCAGGAGAUGCUCCUUCAGAGAAAAAUCAAAAGAAGAAAGAGGAAAACCAGAAAGGAAAGGGCCACAAAGAGGAAAAUUUGGAGCCUGUGGUUGAAGAAAUAACUAAGACACCGUCUCAAAUUGCUCGAGAGGAGGCUGAGUACAGAGCACGUAUGCGAAGAAACCGAUUCAAGCGUCGUUGGCCUGAAGUCACUAAAGUGAAGAUCAACACAAGGCCUUGGAUGCCUCCGCCGCCGCCUGAGAGACUACCACCCGUUACUAUAGACCGUCCAGAGUUCAAAACGAAGAGAUGGGUUCCACCAUACAUGCAUCGUCGCCGAAGACGUCCUAAAUUGCCGCGCAUACCGGCGGAAGAAGUCACUCAGCCAUUAUACGAGUUCGCCAAGCUGAGAAGGAUAUGGCACAACUUCAGGCAAGUAGAAAAGAAUAAGAUGAUGCUCCAAGGCAGCAUAGGCUGUAACUCUAAGAAGUAUUCUUCAACUGCUUGUGGGUCACAAACUGGUUGUAUAGCAGUGGUGUGCCGUGUCCUUCUAGAAGAAAAGACACCAUCACAGCUUGUGAAAAGGGACGUGGAUGAUGUGAUCGAGAACGGAGACAGAUAUUAUAGGCAGUGUAUGUUAGCACUCAAGUGCUAUAAAGGAAAACCGCAACUCCAACUGAACCAGUUGCUCUCAUCGUUCUUCUACCACGACAAUAAGUACACUGUGAAAAUGACUGAAGCGGAGAAAGGGCUCUUGGUGAAACACCCUGAUAAUAUACAAGGCGAACCUGAUCUCAUGGCAUUAAUGGAGAAGUACGCCGGAACAACAUACAUGAUGAUUUUGACUAUUGGCGAGGACAAGCACUUCCUUAUCUGGGGUCAUCCUCCACCACCCGAAGCUGAAAGUAAUGUGAAAACCGUAUGUUAUAUAUUCGACCCGCAUAUGUUGAACGAGCUGGGGCAGCCGAAUUCUGUGUACGGAGCUGGAGCAUUUUUACGCUACGCUGGUGUAACGUGUUUCGUUCUAGACUUUCUCGCGAACUACGGAGAUCUAGAUGCAGCAAAAAAGGGGACCCCUAAACCGCCUAUAACCCUGACCAAUAUAGAGGUUGUCCAAAAAGAACCUUUGAUCCGAGAACCUAACUACGAAUUAGAUUUAAAAGCUCUGAAAAUCCACUGCCAGAGCGAAUGGGAGAGCUUAAACAUUAAUGCGCUCAUAGAAAAGAAGAUAAAAGAGGGACAAUACCCUCAAUGUUCCCUGAGUGCAGUGAGCUUGGCAACAUCGCGGGCAACGGCCAGAACAAAAGUCAGAGAGUUUUACCAGAAAAUGCCUAAAGAGCCGCCUGCUCAACUGCCAGUUCCACCCGAAAAGCCACCCCCACCUCCCACUCAAGAACAGAUCAUGGCGCUACGCGGCGAAGACUUCUUCCUCUAUUGUCCGAAAACUGAUAGCCACAUUUAUGGGCGCGAUGAUCUCAUUCCACUACCGAAGUCCGAGACAGUUCUCCACAGUCUGGUCGAGAUCGCCGACCAGAACUUCCAUUCGCAGUUUCAGCAGUUGGACGUUGAGAAGUGGAUAUUGCACGCCACUAGGCACAUGGCCAGUUACAGAUACCAAACCUUCAAAACCUAUACAAGUAUUGCUUGUUGUGUGGCGGCUUUGGCGAUGCUCCGUAGAAUGCGCGCCAGAACGUGGAACGAGGACGUCCUUGACGAGACUUUGGAUUUGGGUUAUAAUCUAUAUAGGGAAUCGCUCGUGGAAAGAGGUGGACCGAUCAGGCGUUUGGUACUCGGGGAACUUAAAGAAAUUUUUAGAAUACGUGACAAGGAAUAUAAGCAUAAGGAACGCGGUAUAGCUGUGUGGGGUAAGAUGAUGUCCUCGGAUCCGAAAGUUUUUGACUUAUGUCGCGGCAUCGAGAGUUUCUUCAAAGAAUCCGAUGCUGGAGUUUUGCAGAUCCCAGGCGAGUAUGAAGUAGCAAUAUGGAAUGAAGGCGGUCGUUACUACGUGUACCAUCCGUGGCCCGCAGACAGAUACGGAUAUAGAAUCGGCUUGCGCGACGGCGGCAAGGCUUGUCUCUUAUACUUCAGUAGGAUAUCGCGCCUGUGCGAGCAUUUCCUCGACAGCGUGUCGGAUAUGAAGCGAAAGCCCUUCAGCAUAGCUGAUGUCAGUGUGCGAGAGUUAGGCGAGAUGCCUGAACCGGUCAAUAAGCUUAAACCUGUAGCACCAAACCGGUGGGUGAUCCGCGGUCGCUUCCACGAGGCGGACGAGAGGUUCCCAGAAGAGCACAGAGGACGCCAGGCGACACCGGCGGCCAUCGCUGCCAUUGCCAUGGCGCAUAUUGUGGACCCAGCUAACUGGACCGCUGAUGAAGUGGACGAGUCCUUAGUUCGGGGCGACAUCCUCUACCAAAAUACUUUAGAAAACUUAGAGCGCAAGGGUAUAAGUCUAGACUCUUCUAAGAACUUUGAAGGUGAAGAGGUAGAAGAGGAAGAGGUCGUCUCCUCUGGAGGGACUUUGGCUGCUGCUGAUGUUUUGGAUAAAUUCAGAAUUUCGGACUACGAUUGUAUUGAAACUGAUGUUUUAGACAGCGCCUAUAUCGGUGAAUUAAACCCUGAUUACACAACAAGUGAAGUGAUGUCGCUGAAACAGUCGCUGAGACAGCUUUUUAAGGAGCAUUCACAUGCGGUGGUAACCGCACGCGGCGUUUCCACGGCCGUAUGGAGACACGAGGACGAUUACUACUUGUUCGAUCCUCACGCGUGUGAUGAGAAUGGUUACCCUUCGGAUGAGGUUCGGGCAACCGCGUGCCUUGUCAGAGUGAAGGGUGGACCUGAUGCAUUGGCUGACGCUGUGCUUGCCAAUCUACCACCGGGAUCUGACGACAGUUUCAACAUAUCGCCAGUAGCCAUCACCGCUACUAAGCUCAACGUUGACAUCGGCGCCCCGGAGACUAAGCUCGAGAGCAAAGCUUUCGAGUGGAUUUCGAAAGGAACGGCUGCUAUCAUGAUGGGACCUCGAGGAGAGAACACGGCGAUCGGCAAGGCAGCUGAAAAGGCUGGUGUGCCGGAGGAGGAUAAGGCGGGACGUACAAUAGCCCUUCCAGCGGCGGCCGCGUUUACAGCGGCUACAGCUUCUGUACCACCGCCACAUAUGCACCAAGAUCACAUGUAUAACUUCUUAGACGCCGGUGCCGAAUACUAUACCAAUCACUUAAAGAAAACUGGUCGCAAAGAAGUGACGCCAGACGACCUGACUGAGAAGUUCGAGAUGGGCGCAAACACUUUCUCAAUUGAAUUAGAAGAACCGAUCACACUACCUCUGCGUCUGCCUGACGAGCCACAAGGAGAAGGUGGUGAAGAGGAGGAAGAAUCCGAGCGAGAUGAAACCGGAGAGGAAGAGGUAGAAGAGGAGACAAAAGAAAAACCAUUGAAACAAAUUAAAGACGCACUGUUCAAGAUGUGGAACGAUCCAACGAAGCCGUCGCACGUAUCUCUGCUGGUAGGUGACUACCACCAGCUGGGGCUGUGGUUGACGCCAGGCGGGAAGGUAGUCGCCUUCGAUCCUGCCCCAACCCUGGCGAAAGGAAUGCUUACAGCGCAAAGGAUUAAGAAAGGUGAUGAGCUUCGCUUGCAACGUCUAAAAGACGAGAUGACUGGAGAAGGUGGCGAAGAAGAAGAAGAAGACGAAGAACUCGGUGGUGAAGGUGAAGAGAAACCCGAGCCAGUACCGGAGUUUGUUCCACCGGAAUCCUCGCCUGCGUUGAUGGUGUUCGCAAGCCCCGGGGAGUUCAUCGAUAAACUAACCCUCCAAGGAGGUCUAGACCGGAAGCAAUGCCUGGCUCCUUGUAAGUUGUAUCCAGUGAAAGUGAUAAACGAGCUCACAUCAGUGUUAAAAGAGAAGAAGACGCCAUCAUCUAAGGCUGGCGAGGACGAGGCUGCUGAUGAAGAAGAAGAUGUUCUCAUCGAGCCAUUAGACGACUCUGCUAUGGGGAAAUAUUUCACGCGAGUGGGGCGCGCGGUGGCGUCAUUGCGGGGUCGCUUAGCUCAGAAUGAGAACUACUUCAUGGAUCCGCCGAAUAGGGAUAAUCAGGACUCGGCUAAUGCAAUAAUGGGCAUCGUAGUGGAACAUAUCGAGCCGUACACCCACUGGAAGCCGGCGUUGAUAGACGCCAUAUUGAAAUAUGGCGACCGGUUGUACACGACGUCGCUACCGCGCGCCGCCAAUCCACCGCAGCUCAGGCCCGACGAAGUGCAACCAGAGUUCCACGUCACCAACUUCAAUGUAAGACUUGAGGUUGAAGGAGAUGUAGUGAAGGGGGAUAUUAAAGCCAGCGAAACUGGAGGCGUGCUUAGUCUAAAGAGGGGACUAGAAAGAUUUUUUGAAUCUAAUAAGUAUGGUGUGGUUUGCGCAAAAGGUUACUGCGUUGGUGUGUGGAAGGCCGCAGACGACAAGUCGUAUUGUUUAUGGGAUCCUCACGCCGUGGGCCCUACCGGCAAAUUCUCACCCGGUGGAGCUGCCGCCUUAGUCCUGUUUUCCACUGUGGACCAACUGGCUGAAACCAUCAAGAAAAAUGUGGAAAUGCUCGAAAGGCCCGGAAUUAACAGGUAUUCCAUAUCGUCGGUAAAAGUGUUCUGGGAGUUCUCUAAGACACCGGGGCCAGUGACUCCCCAGGGCACCGUACCAGACGAGGGCUACGAGUGGAAAGUACUGACGGCGUACGUGGAAACGGCUCGCGGCAGAACUAUACUGAGAGGAACGAGGCCACCGGAUUUGGUUAAAUUCAGUCGUGACGCGAUACUACAAUCAGCUUGCGGCGCUAUAGCGGGCGCUUGUAUGUCGCACAUACGUCGACCGCCGCUGUGGACGCGUCGCACCGUUGACGAAGUGAUGGCCAUCGGCAGCCAGCUGUUCUCCGCUUCACUUUCCUCUCUCGGAUAUGAAUUCCGGCCCGGGGAAGACGUUUUACUGCCUCUGCAGGUCUUGAAACGAUUUUUACUUGGCGUAAAUUACGUUCGAUACGACUUGCAAUCCGUAUACUCUGGUAAACUUGAACAGAAGGAGCCCUCGGAAAUGACAGUAAGGUGCGCACUAGAGCGUUUCUUUGAAGAUCACACUCACGGGAUAUUGUGGUCGAUGCCGCACGCAGUGGCGGUGUGGCGUUACCCGGGCGCUCCGCCCUACUACAUGCUGGAGCCGCACGCUUGCGGCGCCACUGGACUCCGCGUCGAUGCACAGGAUGAUGGCGCUGCAUGUGUAUUGACUUUCACUUCUCCUAAGCUGAUGGCUUUUGCAUAUCUCCAGAACGUCCCAGCUGCGGAGCGCCUGAAGCACGAUUUUCAGUUAUAUGCGAUAUCAGUGACGGUGCAACCUAUUAAGAAGUUGGGUGGCGUUGAUCCACCACUGGUGAGAGCGCCACCUGGCAUCAAACUAGUUCCUGCUACUAGCAAGGUGGGUGUGGACGGCAGCGUGCGCCGCGCGGCCGAGAGCGACCGCAGGCAUCCACCGGGAAGCGCGACUUGUCUCGACGCUCAACGGGCUGCUGAAUUGAAAGACCGAGAAGAAGGCAAGCUCAAAGGACAACGGAACACAACCGGCUGGUUGGUGCUGAACGACGGCACACAGUAUCUGUCCGCUCAGCACUCUAUAGCCUGUCGGAAAUUCUCCGCCGCUUCUAGAGGCAAGCAGGCGUUGGCGUGCUCAGUGAUGGCAGUGGCGAUGACUCGCGUCGAGGACGUAUGCAGAUGGUGCCCGUCCACAUUGGACCAGAUACUGGAAAGCGGGGACCAGCUGUACCAGGAUAGUUAUCUCCAUUACAGACCGCAGCGAAAAGUCCUCACUAUUGAACAGAUCCUUCGCAAGUUCUACACGCCGGGCAACUGCGUGUGUCGGGUUGUGGUGUACAAAGCGCGACAGCAGGGACGCGUCGACACAGACUUAGUGCAACAGUUAACCGAGUUCUUCCGUGAGGAACGAUCCGGUGUAUUUGUUGCUGGGAAUGGUGACUUCGCUGUGGCGCUUUUCAGGACACCGCGAGGUUUCUACAUGUUCGAUCCGGCGGACCGUGAUCGUUAUGGCCGCGCCGUGGCGCCGCCCUGCAUUGGUCGGGCAAGAGCUUGCUUCUCGCAGUAUCCUAACGUUCAAACGUUAGCCGACAAGCUUGGAGCGAAUAUACCGCCGGUUGUAAACGACGUUGGCAAUGAUGACGAACCCGAGGUUACGGUAAUUGCCGACAAUACACAAAAUGACGAAAAAGAUAAGACAAAUAAGGAUGACGAGAGAGAGGUGCGGUUCAAGGAGCCUGCUACAUUUGCCAUUUACGGUAUGGACGUGACCAGCUUGCGCAGAAUAAACCAGUACGAAAGAUGA